AUGGACAAAAGCCAUUCCGGCAGUAAGAGUCGUCCGGCCCCUCCCUCCAGCUUGUAGUGUAUGAACUAAUUUUAAUAUUCAAAUAGAUUCGGAGGUCUAGUAAUACGCUGCAGAGGGAUUUCUGAAUAUGAAUGAUGACCAAAGUGAGAAACUAGUUACGGUCUUUCUGGAAAUCCAGGAUUAGGAAACUUCAGCUCUGAACGAAAUCCUCCUUUAGAAAGUUUUGUUCCCUUCCUGUUACCUGGCUUCGAGUCACCUGUUCCAGUGUUUCAGUCUUUGUGCCUCACAUGUGGUUCUAAUUCUGCCAUGUCUUCAUCUGGCUUCCCGACAUUCCCAGCUUCACCCGAGAUCCCAUUUUACGUGUCCUUCUGCCUGCUGAGUUCUGGGCUCUGAGCGGCACCACGCUCCUCGGCCAAAUGGGUCUUUCCACUGCUUUCUAAUUUGCUGUCACUACUUUGCUGCGGACCUGGAGGCCCCCUGGAGACUCAGAUCCUUGGGGAACUAAGAUCUACAAUUUCCAUCUGUGCAUCUGGAAACUGGGGACCAAGAAGAAUCGAGGCUUCACCCCAGUCAUACAGUGAUUACCAGUCAGGCUUGGCCAGAGCCCAGAGUCCUUGUUGAUUUGUCUUUUUCCCACCGUCUAGAUAUGAAGCCUUUUGACAGCAGGUUCUGGCGAGAACUUGACUAAAGUCUAGAGGCCGAGUGUGUGCCUAUGCAGAGCACCACCUCUCCCUAUUUGUCACGCAACCUGUGCAUUUGGGUAUUGACCUGGCUGGGCUUUUCAUGACCAUUCUGGCUGACCUGAGAGCACUGGAGGGGAAAGUUAUCUUCUAAACGUCCUUGAUACUCCUCUUACCGCCUUUCGUAAGUUCCCUCCGACUGAGGCUCGCUUCUGCUCUACAGAAAUUAUCUGCUGAGAGCCAUGCCUGAUUUAUAACAAUCUCUGGCAAAACCCCAGAAAAAACGAUAACACUUUUGUCUUAGACGGACAUCAGAGGCGGCAGCGGCACCCAGUGGGGAGGGUCCCCUGGUGGCAUGAGCCUCUGGGAGCCGUGAGUCCAGCUGAGGGACAGCGUCUUGGGGCUUGCUUCUCCCCAAGGAGUGUGACGCAGUUAAAAAGGAAAAAAAAAAGAGCCACAAGCCAAUGAGUUGCCAAUGAUAUAGGAGAGGAAGUGCUUUCAAGCCGCCGAGUUGCUCCUGGAUGCUCUGAGCUCACCCACCCGCAGCCAGGGUGCUGGGUCAUAGAGUGACACUCCACGCGGGUCCGCGCACGACAGAAGGAAUGGCCCAGGAAGUCAGUCUGAAUUCCCUCCAGGACCUGGAACGCGAUGUCAUCCUCCAGGUGCUGUACCGAGACCAGGCGAUUCAAAACGUCGAGGAGGAAAGGAUCCGGAAACUGAAGACGCACCUGCAGCAUCUCAGGUGGAAAGGAGCAAAGAGCGUGAGCCAGGAGUACAAAGAGAAGUCUUGUGCCCGCUGCCGGCGCCCGCUGGGGCUUCUGCUGAACCGGGGAGCCGUGUGCAAAGGCUGCAGCUACCGUGUGUGCUCCGAGUGCCGGGUAUUCCUGAGGAGGACCCACGCCUGGAAGUGCACCGUGUGCUUUGAGGACAGAAAUGUGAAAAUAAAAACUGGAGAAUGGUUCUUUGAGGAACGAGCCAAGAAAUUUCCCACUGAAGGCCAACACUGCAGCGCUGGAGCAAAGCUCUUGCAAUCUUAUCAGGAACCGAGCAAAAUUUCUGUGGUUCCUCCUACCCCACCUCCUCUGAGUGAGAGCCAGUGCAGUAGCAGCUCUUACAGGUUACAGGAACUUGGUCAGUUUAAAGGAUUUAAUAAGUCCAUGGAAAAUUUGUUUCUGUCUGUUACCACCCACAUGAAAAAGCUUUCCAAGUCCCAGAAUGACAUGACCUCUGACAAGCAACUCCUAGCCACGGGUCGCAGGCAGUAUGCUAGCCGGACGGAGAGAAGGAGCCAGUCUGACACCGCAAUCAACGUCACCACCAGGACGGCAAGCACACCCGAUAUCCUGAAACCUCUCAAUCAAGAGAGUCCCAAACACCUUACGAAUCCUGUUUUGAAGCAAGAGGAUCUCUCAUCCAGGCCAACGCCCAGCACUUUAUUCUCAGGAGGAUUGAGACACGCAAGUCUGCUUAGCAUUAACAGCACUUGUACAGAGACGGGAAAUUUUGACAACGCUAACAUCACCGGAGAAAUCGAGUUUGCCAUUCGCUAUUGCUUCAAAACCCGUUCUUUAGAAAUAUGCAUCAAGGGCUGUAAGAAUCUUGCCUAUGGAGAGGAAAAGAAGAAAAAGUGCAAUCCGUACGUGAAGACCUAUCUGCUGCCCGACAGAUCCUCCCACGGAAAACGCAAGACUGGAGUCCAAAGGAACACCGUGGACCCAACCUUUCAAGAGACCUUGAAGUACCACAUGGAGCCUGCCCAGCUGGUGACCCGGCAGCUGCAGGUCUCCGUGUGGCACCUGGGCGCGCUCACCCGGAGAGUGUUUCUCGGAGAGGUGACCAUUCCUCUGGCCACGUGGGACUACGAAGACUCCUCGACGCAGGGUUUCUGCUGGUACCCGCUGAGGGCCAAGGCAGAGAAACAUGAAGACAGCAUUCUUCCAAAUAAUGGCGAACUUGCUGUCCGGGCCAAACUGGUCUUCCCUGCAGGGCCCCCAAAGCUUCAAGAGGCCCAAGGGACAGGAGAUGGGCCAGCCCCUAACGGUCAGCUUUGUCUGGUGGUGCUGGGAGCUAAGAAUUUACCCGUGCGGUCAGAUGGCACCCUAAACUCCUUUGUUAAGGGCUGCCUCACUCUGCCAGACCAACACAAGCUGAAGCUCAAGUCCCCAGUCGCCAGGAAGCAAGCCUGUCCCCACUGGAAGCACUCCUUCGUGUUCAACGGUGUGAGCCCGUCUCAGCUGAGGCAGUCCAGCCUGGAACUAGCCGUCUGGGACCAGGCCAUCUUUGGGGUGAAUGACCGCUUGCUGGGGGCAGCCAGGCUCGGUUCUAGGGAAGACGCAGCUGGGGGCGUGGACUCGUGCGCUCAGUCAGAACUUCAAUGGCAGAAAGUUCUUUCCAGCCCCAAUCUGUGGACAGACCUGACACUCACUCUGCACUGAAGCCCAUGCUCCAGUCCUCAGUGGAAGUUAAAUGCGACGUGCCUGAAGGUAGCUAGACACUCGCGGCUACAGCAGUGGCAAGCAUGUCCCCCCGUGGGUAUUUAUGUUCAGUGGGUGAGGAUGUAAUAAAUGAGCCUUGGGGCUGUUUUGUGGUGAGAGCUGUGGAAAUGGCCAGAUUUCAAUAAAUGUUCAACACGCC